ACCCCAGCGUUGGUAAAUCGUCGACGACAGGAGUUCUAGAUCUACGGUGACAACAAAGGCCCCUGCGGCAAAAUGUUCCAUCGGCAGUGGAUCGCCAAAAACUCCUGCAAAAGCUGAGGCUUCUAGGACAGCAAAAAUUGCCGAGGUGAGCAAUGAUAGUGGAGCAGAGGAUUUAGAUGAUUCGGGUGUAGAAAGUGGAGCAAUCGAUGGUGGGGAAGAAGAGGUAAACAAGAUUAAGACUGGAGGAGGAAACGAUGCCGAGGUGGAAAGAACAACAGUGGUGGAGAGCUCCAUUGAGACUGUCAGGAAACAUGGCGAGGCUGUUUCUAGCGCCUUAGCUGGACUUUCAAUCAGAGGUAGUGCCUUGACCCACGGUAAUCCCGUUAAGAUGGAAGCUGGUUGUGGUUCCGUGAAAGCUGAAGCUUCGGUUUCGAUCGCAGCUGGAUGUGAUCCUAUGAAAGUAGAUGGCUUGGUGAAGAUGGAAGCUGGUUUUGAGUCUGCAAGAGUCAAAGCUCCGGUUGGCUCAGUGAAGAUGGAACCUGGUUAUGAUACUGUGAAAGUUGAAACUCCAUUCGGGGGUGGUAAAGCUGCCCAUUUGUCUGAAGCAAAGGUGGUUCCAAUAGAAAAUGACACGGCCAAGGCUGCAGAGAAGCAACCGGUUGUUUUAGAUGCAGAGAGGUGGUGGCUUCUCCAAGAGACUGAAGUUGCCGGGUACUCGACGUCCAGGGGAUGCCGGAUUCGUGUUGGCGAGUUCGUGUCCUUCAAUUUUCCCAAGCCUGAAGCCGAAAGUAAGAAGAAGUUCUUUGAGCACAAGAAGGUUCGGCCGAAAGCGAGCUCCGACAUUGUAAGGUUCUUGACAAAAGCUUCAGGAGAGAUAGGACGGCUUCCGGCCGACUGGGCCAAGUGUUUGAUACCUUUGGGAAGUGCAAAAUGGCACCAGAGGCUCUUUCUCUUAUAAGCAGCAUAGUUCUCCAUUGGAGAGUUUAUAUCAACAAGUCAGAAGCCUUACAAAGAGGGGGAUGAGCGCGGAUUGAAGCUUCUGCAAGCUAUCUUGAAGCCGUUAAUGCUUCGAAGAA